AUGGCAAUUACUAUCUAUUUCAUUGCCACUAGCCUACCUGACCGCCUUGCCUCAGUCCGUGACACGCUUCUUCUGAAGCACCCUAGUGAGCUCACUAUCGAGGUCCUAGCGUCUGCGCUCAAGGACGUCGAGAGCAACCUCUGCUCCGUAGCCUCCGCCUCUGGUGCUGUGCCCCCUCCACUGUUCCACGGGUGCACUGUCCCUCAGCUGCCCACCUUUACAGCCUCUCUCGCCACUGCUGCUACUGACGUGACCGCAGCUGCUGUUACGACUUCUUCGCGGUCUCGAGUCACUGCUCGCUACACUACUACUUUUCCCUGCCCUGCUGUUCCCUCUGGGUCUCUGACUGGCUUCCACGUCCCCUCGUUCUCGAGGAACUUGGUGGGCAUGAGGCCUCUUGUGAGUCAGCACGUGGGUGUGUGGAUUGAGCCCUCUGGUGAGACGGCGGUUUGUGCUGACGGCAACACUUACUCGCCUCUUGCCACCUUUACUGCCGAGCCGGGCUCUGGUCUCUACACACUUCACAUCAGCCCUGGUGGGCAGCAGCAGGAGCAGCAGCAGCAGCAGCAGCGGCAGCAGCAGCAGCAGCAGCAGCAGCAGCAGCAGCAGCAGCAGCAGCAGCAGCAGCAGCAGCAGCAGCAGCAGCAGCAGCAGCAGCAGCAGCAGCAGCAGCAGCAGCAGCGGCAGCAGCAGCAGCGGCAGCAGCAGCAGCAGCGACUCCUGCCCCCGGCCCCGGUUGCUUCCCCCAGUCUGGUCCCUACGUCUCACCAGGUUGCUGCGUCCCCCCAGGUAGCUGGGUCUGGUCAGGUUCCCGUGUCUGGUCCAGUUGUUGCGUCGUGCUCCUGCCGGUCGCUUGCACACCCCACUGUUCUGUGGCACCACCGGACGGGGCACCCGUCCCUCCCUCGUCUGCGCGCUAUGUCUCGUCAGCGUCUUGCCUUAGGCCUCCCGCGUGUCUUGCCGUCGCUGCCGCCUUUGCUUGCACUGCCGUGCAGUCCCUGCGUCGAGGGUCGGCUGCGCGCCACUCCUCACUCCUCCUCCCUUCCUCCGGCCACCGAGCCUUUUGAGACGCUCCACUUGGACGUUUUUGGCCCCGCCCCUCGCCUUGGCCCUGAGCACGAGCGUUUCUUUUUAGUGAUCGUUGACGACUACUCCCGCUACACCACAGUGUUCCCCCUGGCAAAGAAGUCUGAGGGUUGCUUGGCUCUUGUCCACGACACUUCCGCGGACAAGCUCUCGCCUCGCGCCGUUCCCUGUGUCUUCCUUGGUUUCCCUGAGGACUCCUCUGACUUCACCUUUUACCACCCUCCCUCUCACCGGUUCUUUGACUCCCGUGACGUCCGUUUCGAGGAGUCCACCCCCUACUACGUCAGGCUACCCCUCCCCCCUCGGUAG